GGUCGGGUAAACGAUCAGAAUCUUACGCGCUGGGUUUGUUCGUUCUUCUUCUUCUUCCUCGCUCUUGCGGCGCCAUCUCUCUCCCAAACUCGCUGAGGUUCGUGUCGAUCUCAAGAAUGACCUAAUUCUCUCUGUUCUUAUUCUGGGAAUUUUAAUCGUACAUAGUCGGCAUCUACUUGCUCUGUCAAAUUGAUUUCUGUGAAUCAGAAACCCUAAUUUCGUGGGCCUUGUGUAGUCUCACAAGUUUGCACACUCUCUCAACGGAGGUUUCGUUCUGGAAAUUAGGGUUUCUUUGGCUUUUAUGGUGGAAGAUAUUGUUUCGGCUGAUUUGAGGGCUUUCUGACAGUUUUAAACGGGGGAAGUGAAGAAAAGGCAUCAAUUUAGAGCAAUUAAGGCGUGAAAUUAGGGUUUCUCAAGUAUAUGUAUGGCGUCGGAGCCUGUUAACGGAGGAGAAGGCAUCGAUGGAGCUAGAGAGAAGCAAAGCAUUAAAGUUUAUAAGAGGAAAGGGAAAGGUCAAAGAAAACAGUCGCCCUUCUUUGCCAUCGAGGGUAUUGGUGCCAUCAAGAAACCAGAGGGGAAUUUAGAAAACGAGAAUGAUAACAGCGAUGUGAAUCCUCCUGAUACUCUAGCUCCAGAUUCCGUGGAUCCUAUAGUUGUGGUGAAGAAUUCUGGCCAAGAGGUUGCUCCUGGCACCAAUUCUCAGGAAGACAAUGCGCCUAGUAUAGCCAAAAACUCAGCUGAAGCACCUUCUGAAAGCCUGCCUGGUGAUGAUUCAGAUAAAGUUAUCGACAAGCCUCUUGUGGAAGCUUUUUCUCAUGCCCAAUCUCAGGAUGAUGCCACUGAUAAGAACGUUCCUUUGGGUCAGGAUGAUGUGAACACUAUUAUAGGCGACAAUCCUGGACAAGUACCCUCUCAAAGCCACAAAGCUAAAGAUGAUGUCAAUACAGUAGUUGUUGAUGAGAACUCUAUCAAGGAACCUCCUAGAAGCUUUGCCCAAGACGAUGGUACUACUGUGAUUGUUGACAAGAACCCUAUUGAAGCACCUUCUCAAACCCUAUCAGUGGAAGAUGUCAAUACACUUGUUGUUGAUAAGAAUCCCAUUGAAGUGUCUUCUGAGGAAUAUGUCCACGUGGUAGAUCCAGAUAAUCUAAUAAAAGAAGCUCAUCCCGAAAACCGUGUGGAAAGAGAUUCCACUGAUGUCGCAGGCCUUACCUCUGAUUUUGCUCACGCUACUGCUGCUGGAAGCACGCCUAUGGAGGAGGACGCAGAUGGUCGUAUUAGAAUACAUGUAGCUUCCACAACGAAGCAACAGAAAGAUGAGAUCAGGAAGAAGCUUGAGGAUCAGCUUAACGUGGUCAGAGGUAUGGUAAAGAAGAUAGAGGAUAAAGAGAGCGAGAUUGGUGCUUAUAAUGAUUCUCGUGUUUUGAUUAACGCUGGUAUUAAUAAUGGUGGAGGAAGGAUUCUCUCUGGGUUUGCCUCAGCUGGACUUCCUCGUGAGGUCAUCAGAGCACCAAGGCCUGUUAAUCAACUAAGUAUAUCAGUGUUGGAGAAUACUCAGGGAGUCCAUGAGCAUGUGGAAAAAGAGAAAAGAACACCUAAGGCAAAUCAGUUUUAUAGAACUUCAGAGUUUUUACUUGGUGACAAGUUGCCACCUGCAGAAAGUAACAAAAAAUCAAAAUCAAGUGCAAAGAAGCACGGAGGAGAUGUAGGGCAUGGUUUUGGUGCCGGGUCUAAAGUAUUCAAGAAUUGCAGUGCUCUACUUGAAAGGCUGAUGAAACAUAAGCAUGGUUGGGUGUUCAAUGCUCCAGUAGACGUGAAGGGUCUAGGUUUGCAUGAUUACUUCACCAUUAUCGAGCACCCUAUGGAUUUGGGAACCAUAAAGUCUGCAUUAACAAAGAAUAUGUACAAGUCACCAAGAGAAUUUGCAGAUGAUGUUAGACUUACUUUCCACAAUGCCAUGACUUACAACCCGGCAGGACAAGAUGUCCAUCUUAUGGCGGAAACACUGUUACAGAUCUUUGAGGAAAGAUGGGCUGUAAUAGAGGCAGAUUACAAUCGCGAAAUGAGAUUUGUCACUGGCUAUGAAAUGAAUCUUCCAACUCCUACAAUGAGGUCUAGACUGGGCCCUACGAUGCCGCCACCACCAAUUAAUGUGAGGAAUACGAUAGACAGAGCAGACUGGAGUAAUCGCCAACCUACUACAACACCUGGAAGAACACCAACCAGUGCAACACCUUCUGGAAGGACACCUGCUCUGAAGAAGCCAAAGGCAAAUGAACCAAAUAAAAGAGAUAUGACAUAUGAGGAGAAGCAGAAGCUAAGUGGCCACUUGCAGAAUUUGCCUCCAGAUAAACUAGAUGCAAUUGUACAAAUUGUUAACAAGAGGAAUACUGCUGUGAAGCUACGGGAUGAAGAAAUUGAAGUUGAUAUUGAUAGUGUUGAUCCAGAGACCCUGUGGGAGUUGGACAGAUUUGUAACCAACUACAAAAAGGGCUUGAGCAAGAAAAAGAGAAAAGCUGAGCUAGCUAUUCAAGCUAGAGCAGAAGCCGAGAGGAAUAGCCAACAACAGAUGGCUCCAGCACCAGCGGCACAUGAGUUUUCUAGGGAGGGUGGCAACACAGCUAAAAAGACACUUCCUACACCAUUACCUUCGCAAGUGGAGAAGCAAAACAAUGAGACAAGCAGAUCAAGUAGUUCAAGCAGCUCUUCCAGUGGUUCCAGCUCUUCUAGUGAUUCGGACAGUGACAGCUCUUCGUCAUCUGGAUCAGAUCAGACCUAGAGACUAGUGUACAAGAGGAGGGUUGAUGUUGACAAAUAUGGAUCUCUAGUUUGUAUAUGUAACCAGGUGUGUGAUGGUUUAUGGUGAAAACAGGGCUUUAAAAAGAUGGAGGUAGAGUAGAAGAGGAUUUGGGAGGUGAAGGAAGGAUGAUGACCGUACAGGCUUGGGGCAGAGAAAUAUUAGAGAGUGGAUGAUGAUGGGUUGGUUUUUUAAUCUUUGACGGGAGGAAAAGAUUGUGUAUCAUAUUCAUAUCACUGUUAGAGUAAAAAGGAAAAAAAAAAAAUCUAUUAUUCUUAAUUUUUUUUUUGUGUUGACGUAGUAGGAUCCUGUCUGUGUCUGUCUACUUUUUAGAUGUAACCGUAGGGGGCUGGUUUGGUCUUGUCUCACUUUGUAUAUCUCUGCCUCUCACACUCUCUCGGUCUUUAUUUUUUAGCGGGUUUAGUUGGUUGACUGUUUGAUUGAGCCCAUUUAGGUAGGUGCUUUUGAAUCAAAGAUUCUGGAUUCUUGAAACUUUGUAGUAUUGUAAGCUUGUGAGUUUGUGACCCUUUUUA